AAUUCUGUAGAAGCAGCCUUUAUUUUCAGACUCUGCAGGCCUGCUGGGAGGAAACAUAUUACAAUAAACAGAAGAAGCUCAUGGUCCAUUAUCUGCUGCUCCAGAGUCAAGGCCAGGUCCCGCCCCAUGUCACCACGGAGCACAUGAGCAACUGGCUGGUGUCUCAGAGCAAAAAAUCCCUUAGGGAGAGGGUGUGGAAGGAAACCCUGGAGGAGGGAAACGACCUCGCUCGGCUGGCCUGGGAAGUAAACACUUGCCUAAAAAUGAUGGACAUAGAGCACGAGGCUUUCUGCAAGCUCCGCCGCUCCAUGCACUCCACCUCGCCAGCUGACAUCGAUCCUAAAGUCCACAGCAUCGUGGAGAGAGCUGUGAGGAGCAUUCUGGGCGAGCAGUCCAAUGAGCCCCGUAGCAACCUGCUCAGCCCAUCUCAGGUGGUGGUGGAGGUGGUGCCCAGGCUCCUCCUGGCCCUGUGGCUUCAGCCAGAGGAAGGCCAUUCAGAGCACCCAAUCCUAACAAGCGGGAUGGCCGUGGGCACGGUGGCGGCCGUAGUGGAGAAGCUCUCCUGCAUGUUAAAGAACCCUUCACAUCACAUCCCUUUCUCCCGGGCUGCUGCUUUUGAAUCUGUGCGAUCGAUCCUCGGGAGAAUCAGUCAGUCCUUCUCCACAGAUGACCUGCAGAGCCCUUUUUAUAUGAGCUCUGUCUGUGCCUUUGUGGCGGACGAGGUGCAGAGCUGCUUCCAGCCCCCUGCAGCCACCCUACCAGUCCACCCUGUCCUCGCGGUGGCCGUCUCCACCACACGACCAGCUGACAUCCAAGCAGACCUGGCAUCUUCCCACCGGGAGGUUGUGAACAUCACCGUUAACACAGAGGCAGACCCGGGUUCGUCCCACCUGGAGGUUGUGGAUAUCACCCUUAACACAGAGGCAGACCCGGGUUCGUCCCACCUGGAAGUUGUGGACAUCACCCUUAACACAGAGGCAGACCCGGGUUCUUCCCACCUGGAGAGGCAGACCCGGGUUCUUCCCACCUGGAGGUUGAGAACAUCACCACUAAUACAGAGGGAGACCCGGCUUGUUCCGACCUGGAGGUUGUGA